AAAACCUUAAACAAUGAUCUUCCUUGCAUGUUCUCUGCUCGCCGCUAGCAGCUCCACAGCCAAAGAGAAGUACUUUUGCAAUUAGUCGCUAUGGGUAAGGUUCAUGGAUCUUUAGCUCGUGCUGGUAAGGUGAGAGGCCAAACUCCUAAAGUGGCAAAGCAAGACAAGAAGAAGAAGCCCCGUGGCCGCGCUUACAAGCGGAUGCAAUACAACCGCCGCUUCGUUACAGCAGUGGUUGGGUUUGGCAAAAAGAGGGGACCUAACUCAUCUGAGAAGUAAGCGGGCUCUGUAGGUGAAGAAGGCAAGAAGCUUUAAUGGAAUUUAAGUCUUUGUUUUGUUUCGAUAAUGUUUUUAUGGUGCCAGUUUUUAGCUACUGGUUUCAAUGAUCGGAUUGAACUUUCAUGUUGUUUGCUAGAGAUGAUGUGAAUUUGUUAUCAAUUAUCUAAAUUUUUGCUUUA